AUGCUCGGCCAUUCGACUUCAGAUCCCUGUAUCUCUUACGGACGAGGAGGCGCGGGAAACAUGCACCGCCGCUCCUUCAUUCGCUCAAAAAUAGCGAAACUCGGCAAACAACCAUCCAAUGACGAAAUCACACUUUCGAUAAACCCAGACGAUUACUACGCCAAUUCGAAAUCCGAACCCCGAAGAUCGUCUUCAGUGCGGAGCAGCAAAAGCAGCAUUCGGAGCUCGAGUACAAGUGGUGAUCACAAAUUGUCUUCUUGGAGAAAUUUGUUCAGAAAAGAGACUUCGCUGGAAGAAGAGGAAGAGGAGGAGGUGGUGGCUAAUGAGUCUGGAUCAUGA